AUGGCUGCCGGCUUGUAUUUUGAGCUCUCAAGCUUUUUAAUAUUUUAUUUUAUUUUUGGAGUUAUUUUGGCUCAGAGGAGUCAUCUAAUUAAUUAUGAAGUUCUUAUUAUCGAAGAUGUUUAUGGAUUCGCAAAGGAUGGGCAAUGUUUGGACAGUUAUAAUUCAAUUUUGCAAAUUUGUCUGAGUGAUCGGCAAGUUAAACGAAUAUCGAAAUGUAAAUCGUCGCUACUAAUCCCGAAGCCUAUGAAACAUAGUGUGGUUUCCUUGGCUUUUCCUACGAAGUUCGCUGUGAUGGAUGUAACAAUGUACAUGGCUAUUUCAUUUAACCUUGGAUUUGAUUUACCUUCAUCGUGUAAGCACAUGAAAAGCGACAAAGCAAACGACAUCUUGUGCUCGAUGUGCUUGACUGAUAAUAACUAUAAUAACAAAAUUAAAUAUUCAUGUGAUCAUUUAUUGCUGUCACAAGAACCUGCUUCUCUUAAUUUGUUGUCGCUAACCAAUUUAAAGCACUGCGGAGUGACCACGGGCUUAGCUGUAAGAUACAAUGGUAUCCAAGCUAGAUUUUAUAAGAUUUUCCUGGCAGUGGGAGCGGUUUUUGGCAGUGGGGAGUGGAGUUUUUCUAUCAGUAAUGUGUGUAGAUAUUAUUCGACGCUACGCAAGAUCAAGCGUUGCAGAUGUCCGUGUAGAUAUUAUGCUAAUACAUCUGCCUCUUUUCAUUGUAUAUUGGAGGGAGACCUUGUUUUUAAGCUUAACCCUGGGCCCACGAAUGUGGUAUCUUCGAAUGCCAAUAUGAACAGUUUACGCCGUAUUGGCACCAUUGUUUCGAGUCGUCCCGAUUAUGGGCUAAUUAAUUCAACAGCAUUACGCCCUCCCGUAUCUGACUUUGUUCGACGCUCGCAGCAGACAAAUCUAAUUAGUAUUGAUUGUUUGCCUCAAAUAUCUGCGAACUGUCACAAUAACUCUCUUAAAUUCUGUCUAGUCAACAGUCGCUCAGUCAGGAAUAAGACCGGAGAUAUCGCUGACUACAUCGUGCAUGAUUGCAAGCCCGAUAUUCUUGCAAUUACGGAAUCUUGGCUGGGCAGGGAUGAUGAUGCGGUACGAGCUGAGUUAUGUCCUGAAGGUUACGAAAUGGAUGAUCACGUGCGUGGCAUGCGUCGCGGUGGAGGAAUUGCCUUGUUGUAUCGAGAUUUUCUUGGUGUGACAAAAGUGGAUGCAGGGAACAAGAAAUCAUUUGAGUUUUCUGAGUGGCUGGUUAACUCAUCGUCUGCACAUCAACUACGUAUUCUUGUUGUCUACCGACCUCCUUAUUCAAGUGAACACAGGAUACCCGUGAGUGUGUUCUUGGCUGAGUUUUUUAGUCAUCUAGAACCGUUGUUACUGUGCAAGGAACCGCUAUUGAUUUGUGGCGAUUUUAACAUACACGUUGACUCCACUGAAGAUCCUGAUUCUGUUAAGUUUUGUGAUCUACUUGAAUCGGUUGGAUUGCGGCAGCAUGUGAAUCAAGCUACCCAUGUUAAUGACCACACCCUUGACUUAAUAAUAACACGUUUUUCGGAUGAUAUUAUGGAUGGCAGACCGGGCAUUGAUCGAUUUAUAUCGGACCAUGCCGCUGUUGUCUGUCAUCUUGCAGCUCCAACGUCAUUGAUAUCGUAUCGAAAAAUAACUUAUAGGAAGUUGAAGUCUGUGGACCGCGAUGUUCUCAGGGAGGAUCUGGCAGCUACAUCACUGUGUACCUCCCGUUAUUGUAAGACGGAAUAUCGGCGAGACGAGAACAGCAUUGACGCUUUGGCACGUGAAUACAACUUAACUCUCAAGAAAUUGACUGAUCGACAUGCUCCACUAAAAACAAAAGUGCUUCGGGCGAGACCAUCUGCUCCUUGGUACAAUGUGGAUAUUGACGCAGCUAAGAGACGACGUAGGAAGGCUGAAAGAGUGUGGCGGAAAAGCAAAUCACUGGCUGACUUUACUGAGUUUAAGUCUUCUAGAAAUCGU